CUUGCAUGUUUUUGGUUCCUGUGGGAGAAAACCGGAGUAAACCCACGCUGACACAGGGAGAACAUGCAAACUUCACACAGAAAGGGGACCUGAAUUCACAUUUUAACCAGCGCUCCUGGUCGCUUGUCAAUGCGUUCUUGGUUAUCCUCGUUUUCUGCUUUUGCUGUCAUAAAACCAUAAGUGUCUUUUACUUCAUGGAUAUUCUUAAUAAAUGUCCUCUACAUGUGCUGCUAAGUGCCCAUAUAUUGGUUUUGUGUGGCACAUUGAUACUUCUUUGUGAUUGUAGACACUUCCUGGUUUAGUCCUUGUUCUAACAGUUAUCAGGAUUUUCUGGCUUUGGUUCAGCAUCGUUUCCCGUAAAUGGAUUGCAAGUCAGAGAGGUCUGCAAUGCAGAUGAUGCGCUCAGCUGAUCGCACCACCCUCCCGAACCAGGCUGGGAUAUUUCCCGUCAGUGUGCUUCCGAUGGUGCAGGUGUAAAAUCUGUACUUUAAAGGGCAGUUUAAAGUCUUUAAAGAGCGUGAGGUGGUAAAGACGCUGAAGGGCUUUUUCACCAGAUGAAAACUGGAAAAGAGCUGAUAAUUGUAUUUUGAACAGCAUUUUUGAGAAUUGGGACAUUUUCAUCUCACAUUCAUCAUGUUUCUUCUUCCGGUGAUGCUGGUGGUUUUCUCUGGUGGUUCGGCUGAAGUUGUGGAUAAUUUUAAAAGUAAAUGUCCUCAGUAUUUCAUGAACGGAAUACCACCGACAGUCCUACGUGGAGCUCAGUACAAACAGAUCUGCCAGACUCUAAAUGACACAAAAUAUUAUGCCACACUUUAUGAUACCGACAACAAGAUCCCUGUGUAUUCUGCUUAUAAGUAUAUAGGAAAAGAGCAGUGCAAAAGACCGGGCAGCUGGUACAUUGAGCCUCAGCUUGAGGAUAAUAAUGCAGGAAUAAACAUGGAACUGAAGGGCAGGCGUGUUUUAAACAACCAAGCUUCCAAUGAUGACUAUGAGAACUCGGGCUAUCAUACAGGACACUUGGCUCCAGUUUGUCAUGCAGCUUCACAGGCAUGUGCUAAUGCCACAUUCACUCUUACUAAUGCUGCUCCUCAAGAUGGAUCAUUUAACAGCAAAUGGUAUCAGAAGGUAGAAAGAAUUAUGGUGGAAACUUUGAAAAAUCAUAGUGCACUAAAUAAUUCUCACAUUGUUACAGGAGUUGUUCCAGGUAAUAAUAUCAUAAAAAAUAGAGUAAGAGUGCCUAGCCAUUUCUGGUCUGCAUACUGUUGCAAGAAUGAAACAAACCAACUGAUCUCAGGGGGUUUCAUUGGAGAAAACUCUAAGGGCAGUAUUAUUGACCAAAAAUCUGUGAAAGAUUUAGAGACAGAGUUGAAAAACCUUUAUCAAGUUGAGUCUUUCUUUCUGUUUGAUAAUAAUUGUAGAGAUGCUGGCUAUGUUCAUGUGAUACAAAAGACUGAGAAUAAUUAUGUUGGCUUGAACAAAGCCAACAUACUUUUGUUGUAUUUAAGCUUCUUCUUAUUAUUAUUAUUAUUCUAAGACCAACAUUUUCUGAAUGUUUUGAACACUCAGGCCAGGCUUUGUCAAGGCAACAUAAAGUUUGUCUACAAGCUCUACUAUCUAGUUUACAGUUUUGGGAAUUAUUGUAGUCAGUGUCUGGCAAGGAGUAGAAAAUGACUAAAACUCCUGCACUCUCAUUUUAAUCCAAGAAAGGAAAAAUAAGACAAAUAUUCUAAGUAAAUUAAGCUAAAACAUCAAUAUGGGCAAUUGAUCAAAACAUAAAGUAUGCAUAUUCAGUAACAGUUGCACUGCCUUUAUUUCAUCCAAUCUUUGUUAAGUGUUAUAAUAACCCAUCUGAUGUUUUUUUUAAACAUUUUCAGUAAAUGCUGUGUUUCAAAUUAAACAAGUCAAUCUGCUUAUUGAGAUGUUACACAUUUUAUAUUUUAGUAUUGUAUUAACAUUGUCUGCUUUUUUCAUGGAAUGUUUUUAUGCUGAAUAUGUUCACAAUUAUUUAAAAUAUGUAAAUUGUAAGCUGGCAAUAGUAAUAAACAUAUAUGAACAAGCGUA